CGCAGCCGCCGCUGCCGCUUCUCACACACUAGGAAUCCCUGGCCUCGCUCCCGGAGGCAGGGGCUCUGCGGGUACGCGGGCCCGGCCUCCGGCGCGUUCCAAUCCGCGAGCCUGCCGGCUCGGGCCUCGCCGACGCGCGCCAAUUUCCGCAUCCGGCUCCUGGCGCUUCCGGUCUUAGCGGGGCCCAUCUGGGAGGUAGGUGUGUGAGCGUGGGAAGCUGGCUCCGUGGCGUGGACGGCCAGAGUGUGCUGUCCCCAGCCUCGGUUUUCCCCUCCGCUAAUGUGUUGUCAAAGGUCCUUUCUUGGGAGAAGGACUUGAGUGAGAGGCAUGUGGAGAUUUCCCCCACGUGGAGACGAGGGAAAUGGGUGCCUGAAUUUGUAUCUCUGUCCUUGGGUCCCGCGCUGGGUAAUUCAGAGGUCAACUAUGCCAAAUCUGUGACUGCCUUCGAGCAUACUUAGACGUUUCUUCCCUGGGCAAAUGAUAGAGCUCACCUAUUCUGGCGUUCCAGAUCACAAGAGUUUCAGCUGGUUGGCCCUGCAACCCCCUCAGUUUACAAAUGAGACUGAGAUCUAGAGAGGGGAAAUGGCCUUCCUAAUACCAUACUGCUGGAGAAUUGUGGGGCUUCCCUGGAACCCAGGCUUCCUGGUUCAGAAGGAAGUUCUCCUUCCAUCAUUUCACAUUUCACAUUAUCUGAGAGGUUACUCUGAUGUCUUUCCUCUCUUUUAAGUCCUACGGAGAUGGGUCUUACCUUACUGGUUCCCAAGCCUAUGGACUCCGUUAUCAGGAUCACUUUCUUCCCCAGGGUAUACUACAAACCUCCAGAUGUUGGCCUAUGGGAUUCAGCAGAGGAUGAGUUGUCCAUCCUCUCAUUGGUAAGCUGUUUUUCCCAACUGUUCUCCCACCAUCCACCGUCAUCAUGUCUACCUUACUCCUCAAUCUGGAUUUUGGCGAACCUCCCCCCAGAAAGGCAUUAGAAGGGAAUGCCAAGCACCAAAAAUUUGUCAAGAAGCGGCGGCUCUUGGAACGGAAAGGCUUUCUGAAUAAGAAGCAGCAGCCCCCUAACAAGGUCCCUAAGUUGCACUCAGAACCUUCAAAGAAAGGGGACACUCGCAAGGUGGAUGGCACUUGGAAGGCCCCUCCCCUUCCAAAAAAGAAAACUGCUGCUUCCAGCAGUGGGUCAGAGCAGUCCCUGGACAAGAAAGCUGCAGUGCCUUGGCUGACCCCUGCUCCUUCACAGAAAGCUGGUUCUGUUGUGGCUAAAGUAGAUUUGCUGGGGGAGUUUCAGAGUGCCCUACCAAAGAUUGAGAGCCUCCCAAUUCGCCCCCAGAAGAAGGACUCCCAGAAGAACCCUCCUCAGAAGACUGCCCCACAGAUCUCCACCCAAGCUCAUUCAGAGAAUAAAUACCCUGGAGCAUCCCAGAAGAUGCCAACGAAGAUGGUGGCAAUUGACUGUGAGAUGGUGGGCACAGGACCCAAGGGGCAUGUCAGUUCCUUGGCUCGAUGCAGCAUUGUCAGCUAUAGCGGAGAUGUGCUUUAUGAUGAGUAUAUCCUUCCUCCCUGCCACAUUGUGGACUACCGGACCAGAUGGAGCGGUAUCCGGAAGCAACACAUGGUGAAUGCUACUCCCUUCAAGAUUGCUCGGAGCCAGGUUGGGAAAAGCGGACAUUCCUCUGUGGAAGAUGCUCAGGCCACCAUGGAGCUGUACAAGUUGGUUGAAGUUGAGUGGGAACAGCACCUGGCCAAGAAUCCCCCAAAAGACUAGUGCCAGUGGGGACACUGGUGAUGUGGGGAGGCAGAGGCAGCACCACACCCGGGAGAACAGGGCAGUGGACCAGUGCACAGCUCUACCAGCUCUACACCUUUGGAAACUAGAGCUGUUGGGGAGAGUGAGGCUCCACCCCCGACUUAAUAGCCAUUAAAAUUUCACCUCAGGUGUUGUUAAGUGUUCCAUGGAAGGAGGCAGGCUCCAUGUCAGAACCCAGCCCUAUAGGCUGUUUACCUCUUAAAUGGUGCUAACCAUGGGUCCCAGGGUGCUUUGCUCCUGGGAAAGAGCCUUUUGACUUUCAAGGGGCAGGGCAUACUGGGAAGUGUAGUUUCCCAAACUGCCUUAUCACUAGGGUGACCAUGUGUCUCAUUUUAUGCCUUUUGUUCUCAAGUAAUUAGCAGCACCGUGUUGAACUUCCCAAAAGUAUCCUGUUGGGUGAUAACUUGUAUGAUCACAGUUCAUCUCUCAGACUUCUUUUGGCUCAGAGUCUACAUCCAGUCUGUGUCGGGAUAUCACCUGUUCUUUCCACCUGGACUUCCAGAGGAGCCAUCCCUGGUGAGGUUUAGUUCUUAGGGUUACAGGGCAGUAGAGGUAAGAGAGUGUGACUUGGAAAUCAAUUUUUCUGAUUUAGGAAAGCAGCCUCUUUCCUAAAGUGAUAGAGGAUUUAUUUAAUUUAGACCCCACUUGGUAGGUUAAAGAAGAAUUUAAAGUGUUUUAAUGGUUUUUAGUCUUUUACUUUGCUAAACCAAGCCUCUUAAAACUCAGAUUAUUCCCUUGAUAAAUUUUUAUAAAGGAAAAACAAUUGUGUGAUGUUUUCUUUAUAACUUCACAUUAAAUAGCUUUGUCACAGGAUCCUGUAGAGCUGUAAUUCUGAUAGGGGGUCCAGGGUCUGUGUGAAUGACACUUACUGGGCCCUGGUUUGCUGGAAGUCAUCAAGAAGCGCUGACCAAGCCUUUGUGUGUAGCCCAUGUGCUCUGCUGCCUUGUCCUCGUCCCUACCACAAAUCAACGAGCACACCUAAAGUGACACCCCAAGCCAUGCAGACACCUUCACACAGAGGGUAUGUGACCAGGAGAGUGACUCAGAGAGUGGGCAUGCGGGAGGGACGGAGCCGGGGAGGAAGGGUGCUUGAUGACGCCAGCCUGGUCGCUCCCGCCAGCCCUUCCUCGGUGGUAUACACCCUCAUGUUGGGAAGGUGAGUCACAGGUCUGACCUUGUGUCUGGGAUCACUGCACUCUGUCUUGAGAGAACGCAGACUCCACGUAUACACCAAGGCUUGUGCCCUCUUGAGUGGCUAGUUUGGCUCCAGGGGCCAGAGUCACAGUCAUGGCUGCCUAUAGAAGGGAAUUUCCUGCAGCCAAACCGGACCCCAGACGUGGUCUUGCUGUUGUGUCCUGCGCUACAGGAUCUGCUUGCACAGGCAGCUGUUGAGCUCUGAGCAAGUUGGUUCCCGUUGAACCCAACAUAUGUGGUGUCCAUGACACUUCACAAAGAGGUGCUAGGCAUCCUUACACACCUCUAAGUGGGAGUAAUCUAGGAAGGCUACACCAAAAACUGGGGAUACAAGUCUUAAUUGAAAUGAAGGCGAGUCUUAAUUACAUUGUGAUCAGUAAACUAGAAGAUAUGUGGGAAAUUCUCAUUUGAGUUCAAGUUUUAGGGUACCUGGCUUUGUAAUUUAUUCUAUUGAAGUAUAGUUGAUUUACAAUAUUGUGUUAAUUUCUGAUGUACAGCAAAGUG